AUGAAUGUAGACCAGUUCAUAGUUUACACCGUGUUACUGAGGUUAAAAGAGUCUAUGAAUCAAGGAGAAUUCUUCAUGUCUAUAAGGAGCAUGCCAAUAGCCUAUGCAUUGUUUAUUCAGUACUGUAGACAACAGAACAGGAGGCUGAUGGAAGAUCUCUUCUACCAGGAAGAUAACUUUCAGGAGGAAGGGACUUGCAAGGUCAUCAAUAGCUUUAGGCAAGAUAGAUUGGAUGAUAGAAUUGAGGAACUGAGACUUGCACAAUCUUGUUUUCUGAAGUCCAAAAAUGAAUAUGCCAGAAUGGUAGGUGGUAAAUUUGGUUUUACUAACACAAGAGAUUCAGUGAUAGUUGCAGACGAUCAAAAAAUCAUCGUUGCUUAG